AUACAGGACGGACAAGACGGACGGAGCCUGGAGGGAGCAUAAAAUGCCCAAAAUAGACGUAAACCUUCUCCUUAACCACCAACCAAAAAUCCUUGUAUUGUCUGUUCUAUUCUACUCCUUGUCAAAACAUUCUCUCUUUCUCCACCACAAACACAAGCUAUGGGAGCAGAAGAGUUAGUAGAGCCAAUUAUACCCAAACUACCUCUAUUUUCACCUCAUGAACGUAAAGAAAAAAUGUGUAGUUCACCUGUUCAUCAUCACACAUUAGCUUCUGUUCCUUUUCAAUGGGAAAAAGAACCUGGAAAACCAAAUAUUGUUAAUCUCCCAAUUAACUCAAAUUUCAAACCAAAAUCUUUAGAGCCACCGCCAAGACUUUACUCUAUAAACAUACCAUCACCUACCGCUGUUCUUGAUGGACCUUAUUAUAAUAAUAAUAAUAUGAGUACUUUAAAGCCUAAUUUUUCUUCUUCUUCUUUUAGGUUCUUGAAAGAUGUUAGCAAAACACCAGAGCUAGAGAAGUUUGUGAAGAAGGGAAAUUGGUGGAAAUGGAAUGUUAAAUGUAAGAGUGGUAGUGAUAGUAGUUCUGUGUUUUUGUCCUCUGCGGAGUCUGCAGGAAAAUGUGAUGGAGGAGGAAGUUGCAGUACAAGAAUGGCAAGUUUUAGAAGAACUGGAAGUUCAUCUAAUCUCUCGGCUACAAAGUCAUACAUGAUAUGGGCAAACAUAUACGAGGGUUUCAAGAAGGCCAUACCAUGGAAGAGCAGCAAGUCAAAGAAUUGCUCAUCGUAUAAAUUUCAAAGGGAGCAGUCAAUUUAAUCUUAGUGGAGUAUAGUUGUCUGUGGUUGGUCUGAUUCUACUAGAUAUUAGAAAUCCUUGUUAAGAAUGUUUGAAGAAUUGUGUUUGAACGUGAAUGUUGUUUGGAAAAGGAAUUGAAGUGUUCUGUGUUUGAAGUUGAGAUAAUGGAUCAAAUUGAUUUGCAACUA